AAAUUGAGUGUCAACAGCGCAGUCUAUCGUUAGAAAAAAGAGUUAAAGAUAGAAAAAGAAUCGACUCGAAAAAUGGCUGCGCUCGUGAAGUUUAGUCGUGUAGCUUCAAAAUUAACUAAUAAAAGUUGUUUAGUGCCUGCUGUCAGUUACGGUAGUCACUGGAAUAAAGACAACAAGCCUGGACCGUAUCCACAAACACAAAAGGAACGAGAAGCAGCGGCUAAAAAAUAUGGAAUUCCUGUUGAAGAAUACGAACCAUAUCCAGACGAUGGAAUGGGAUUUGGUGAUUACCCAAAAUUGCCUAAUGAAUCAGUAGAUACGAGAAGUGCUCAUUAUCCAUACGAUUUCCCUGAGUUUAAACGUAAUUUCGGCGAGCCACUCCAUGUAGAUCAUGAUUUAUAUUCAGAAGAUCGCUAUAGCACUGCAAGAACCCGUUUCACACCAACCACUAUGAUGCUUACAACACUGUCUGUCGUUGGGGCAAUUGCUUUAGCUUACUGGUGGCUUAAUGACAAGAAAGCGUUCAGACCAGUCCUUCCCAAACAAUAUCCAGGUGAUGGAAAAGUUCAUUACACUUUUGAACUCAAAUAAAUGUGAAAGAAAUGACGGAAGUUGUCUAUAGAUAAAAGUUAUUGUAUUGGCAAGUGAAUAAAUUAUGAAAAAAAGUGAAAUUGUUAAACAUAAUUUUUC